AUGUCACAGGCCGAUGCUGCCACGAAGUGGCGUGUCAACGAGAUUGCGGACCGUUACUUGAAGCCAAGCCAAAAGGCGAGAAUAAAUCAUCGAUUCGCCUCACUAAAUGUCCACAAGAAUUGGCUACUCCUAUGGACUGGCGAAAACUAUGACCGGGUCCAGAAAUAUGCCAGGAGUCGCAAUAAGCAAACGCUUUCCAUCGCCCUUGGGCCCCUUAUCGAUCCCAACCACCCCGAGUUCGCUGUAUCCACGUCGUCAAAGAAAUCUAAGCGAAAUUUCAUGCAUGGGGCCUCGGCACUAUUUGCCCAGCACAUCUCCAACCAUAGCACCGAGGUAGCUCUACUCUGCCCGCCACCACCGGUCAUGUUCAAUCCCAACGGGAGGACCUACUAUCAGGACAUCGAGGAGCCCAUCAUCACCAAGUUCGGGUUCAACAGGAAUCUUAGGAUAUUCGCUGUGCAUCCGAGCGUGAAGGAAGCAUCGGGUUUCUGCUACGAAAUCUGGCCUACGGAUAGGACAUAUGAAUGGCACCAACGGUUCCCGGGGGCAAAGGAAAAGGAGAAGAAGGAAAAGGAGGAGAAGGAGAAGAAGGAGAAGGAGGAGAAGGAGAAGGAGGAGAAGGAAAAGGAGGAGAAGGAGAAGAAGGAGAAGGAGGAGAAGGAGAAGGAGGAGAAGGAAAUGGAGGAGAAGAAAAAUGGCGUGACCGCGACAACAACCACCCCUGCAUUGGGCUGA